AUGAUCUCAUGUCAGUUCUUUGAUCCUGUCGUCCUUUUACGAGUCGCUCCACUCGUCACUUCCUCUGCAGCACUAUCGUAUUGCUGGGCACAAAACGUCUUCAUCAGCAUCUUUACCCGACACAAAAAUCGAGAUAAGAGCAAUCCUUUACUGCCGACAUACAUUGGCGAUUGGUUCUACGGAUACACUGGCCAACUGAUUGCAACCUAUACAACAACCAUCUUGACCGCAAGCGCAAACCUUUACUAUCAUGGUCAAGUUCUUGCUGCCUCAGGCUCAGCAAAAUGGUAUACCGCUGGGGCAGUACUUAGUGCUGCUCAUUUUGCAUUCGUACCCGCGGUUGCUUGGAAGUUUACGUCCAUCAUUAAGGACGAGACGAAGGGUAACAGCGUGAAAGUGCUCGACGAUUGGCUCAAGGUCCAUCGUAUUCGAUCUUUGACAGUAGACAUCCUCGGUUGA